AUGGCCCCACCGAGCGGCGUCGGCAAGCGCGUCAAGGGCUGCCAGAUAUACCGGCCGUUCAUCUACGGGACCACAGCGCGACCGUUUGAUGCCAAGACGAACCCGAAGCCACCUGGCGUUCCGGACGACCACACGCACUCAUGGCAGGUUUUUGUGCGGGGCGUAGACGACACGGACAUAUCGUACUGGCUACGGCGCGUGCAGUUCAAGCUGCACGAGUCGAUUCCAAAUCCCGUGCGAAUGAUCGACGGGGUGCCAGGCAAGCCGUUUAUGGUGCAGGAGACGGGCUGGGGCGAGUUUGAGAUCACGCUCAAGCUGUACUACGUAUCGGAGAGCGGCGAGAAGCCGCAGACGCUGUACCACCACCUACGGCUGCACCCAUACGGCCGUACGGACGAGGAGCGCGAGGCGAUGCGCGAAAAGGGCGAGAUUCCCGCGUGGACGUACGAAGAGCAGCUGUUCAACGAGCCGUACGACGCCUUUUACGAGAUCCUGACGUCGGGGGCGCUGGCCGUGCCCAAGGGAGGAGCCGGACACGGGCCUGCCGGCGGAGCGGCUGGCUCGUCGACGCCGCUGACGCCCAUCAGCAAGCGUAGCGACGGCGGUGUGCUGUCGCGCAGCGCCAUGGUGCCGUUGACGUCGCGCGAGGGGCAGCCGUACAGCCGCGAGACGGAGCAGCUGGAGAUUCAAAAGCUCAAGGACGCACAGGUGGCCGUCCAGGGCAUGACAGAGAAGCUGCUCGCCGAGCUGCGGGCCAAGGAGGAGCGGCUGGCCAAGCUGAAAAAGGACGCCACCGAUGCUAUCGCAGCAGGCUGA